CCAAAAUGAUAUAAGUAAAAUAAAAAACCCAAAACCAAAAAAAAAAAUGUGAAUAUGUAAUGUUUAUAAUGCCCAAAUUUCAUCGUUGAAAAGAGAAAAAAAAAUUGUGCAACCACUUUUAUGAGGAUUUAAAAGAGAAAGAAAAAAUUAUCACUAUCGUUUUAAAAUUAAAAUUAAAAAAUAAUAAUAAAACAAACUUGUGCGAAAAAAUGUUUCUAUUUUACUGAAUUUUAAAUAUUUAAAGGAAAAUUGAAAAUAAGAAUUUUUUUUGUGUUUGCUUUUUUUCAAAUUAAAUUUAAAAUUGAGUCAAAAGAAGACAAAAAUUUGUGCGUAUUUUUAUGCAAUGUUAACGUAACAAUAUAUUCGUGUGUGUAGUUUCAACUUGAGUUUCGUUUCACUUUCAAGUGCAUUCUGAAAAGAAAUCUUUAAAUUUGUAUAAAAACUGAUUUAAAAAUAGAAACGGAAUAAAGAAUGGAAGUUGCACUCUCUUUUCUAACAAUAUUUUACACUAAACUUCGUUAUAAUUAUUCGGAAAUUAUUCUAAUUUCAACAAGGAAGACAAUAAAAUUAUUAUGUCUCCUAAUGGGAUGUUUAAUGAAACCAGUGACUGCCAUUCGAAAAUUAAAAAGGCCGGUGAGAUGUCCGCCAAUUUCGAAUAAAUUACUAUUCCUCUCAGCCAGCGAACUUGCGAGAAAAAUACGAAGAAAAGAGAUAAGCAGUGAGGAGGUAGUGACCGCUUAUAUAGAUCGUUGCCGUGAAGUAAAUCCUGUAUUAAAUGCAAUCGUACAAGACAGAUUUGAAGCUGCUUUAAUCGAGGCUCGAAAUAUCGACAAAAAACUUAAAAAUGAAAAUAAAACUGAAGAAGAAUGGGAGAAAAAUGUCCCAUUAUUGGGAGUACCGGUCACGGUUAAAGAAAGUAUUGGCGUUCAAGGAAUGAGUAAUUCCGCUGGUGUGAAGUGGUCAACUCCUAAAAUUGCUUUUGAAGAUGCUGACGUCAUAAGAAGGACACGAUUAGCCGGAGGAAUUCCACUUCUAGUCAGUAACACUCCAGAAUUGUGUAUGUGUUGGGAAACGUACAAUAAUGUUAUAGGAACAACAAAAAAUCCUUAUGACACUAGAAGAACACCUGGAGGCUCGUCCGGUGGUGAGGCCGCACUUUUGGGAUCAGGUGCAUCUGUUCUUAGUCUCGCAUCAGACAUUGGAGGCUCUUGUCGAUUACCAGCUAUGUUUUGUGGCGUAUUUGGUCAUAAACCUACACCAGGAUGGAUUUCAGUUUCCGGUCAUAUGCCAGGUUGUGCCGAUGAAAGUUGGCCGUCAUAUUUUUGCAUUGCACCAAUGACACGUUUCGCUCAAGAUCUUCCAAUGUUCCUCAAAGUUAUUAGUCAAGAUCCACAAGUUUCGAACCGUCUCAGUCAAAAAGUGGAUUUAAAGAAAAUCCGUUAUUUCUACAUGGAUUUCAAAAGUGAUAAAGGCAUAAUUAACACUAUUGACAAAGACGUUAAAUUAGCAAUAAAUCAACUCACUAAACAUUUAGAGAAUAUCCAUGGUGUUACAGUUCAAAAGAUUCAAUUGAAAGAUCUGGAGGAUGCCUUUGAGUUUUCAACAAUAAGUAUUGUUCAAAUCGAUGGAGUGGAAUCUAUUUUUAUGAAAGGAACCGAUCCGAAAAAAUGGAAAAGUGUAAAUUUGGAAAUAUUGAAGUACUUGUGCUUUUUAUCGCCUCACAAUUUCCAUGCAAUAUUUUAUGGUCUCGUCAAGAAAACCGUGGAUAUGUUACCAAAAUCAUUUAAAAAUCGAAUGAUAAAGAAAAAUGAUUCUGUUAAAAAAUAUAUCGAGGAUUUAUUAGGAGACGAUGGCAUCUUAAUUUGUCCAACUUUUUCCACUUCGGCAUUUUUUCACUAUGAAAUGCUGCAAUACGUUUACUAUUCUACAUUUAUGACGAUUUUCAAUUCCCUCGGACUUCCGGUCACUCAAUGUCCAAUGGGCAUUACGGAGAAGGGCCUUCCAGUUGGAUUGCAAAUCGCUGCUAAAUCAAAUUGCGAUCAUUUGACAAUUGCCGUUGCGCAAGAAAUCGAGAGAAUUUUCGGAGGAUGGCAACCUCCUCCAAGUAACGAGGAUACAAUAUAAAAAAAAGUCCAUUUUUAUAUUCUGGACCACUGUCCCACUAUUUAUGUUCCUGUACAUAAUUACAUUUGAUAAUUAGAAAUAUUUUUAAUUCUAUUUUACAAUAAGUAUCGCAGUCACUAGUUCCUUUUUUCUUAUAAAGUAGAAAAAAGAAACUAUAUAUUAUUUAAAAUUAAUUCAAAUUUUUUUUAACGGCAUUUGAACCAUUAUGAGGUCAUAAUGGAUAAAAUGUCCUUAAACUAAAAGAAAGAGAAUUUCAGGCUUCGCACUAAUCUACUAAAACCGACUAUUUACUACUUUUUUUUCCUUGUGCUACUAUUUUGAUACUUUUUUUUAGAUUUCAGCCACUAAAAGCUACUAUUUCUG